AUGAGUGUGAGGCUGUGAGGAAGAAGGAGGAGCCAAAGGAUGAGCGGCGAAGGAGGCUGCUCAAACAGUUCGGGCUGGUGUGCCUCGCCGCCAGCGGGCACUUCGCCCUGGGUGCCACGUUGCCUUGGCCCUCGCCGGCGCUCUCCAGCAUGGCGGAGAACAACUCCACGCUGGUGGGCACUGAGAUCACCCUCACCCCGGCGCAGAUGGACAUGACAGGCAGCCUUGUGUCGCUCGGGUCCCUGGUAGGGGCGUGGGUGGCUGGAUGGAUGGUGAGUGUGCUGGGGCGAAGGCGGUCCCUGCAGGUGAUCUCGGUGCCCUACCUCCUGGGCUGGCUGUGCAACGCCCUGUCGCCCAACGCGCCCGUCCUGCUCACCGCAAGGUUCGUGUUGGGCCUUGCCUGCGGCGCCACCACGGUCGCGGCCUCUUCGUACAUAAUGGAGAGCUCGCGGACGCGAGAGUGUGCGGGGCAUGAUGUCCACGAUGCCCACGCUGGGCAUCGUGCUGGGAAGCCUAUACACUGUAUGGAUGGGCUUCGCGUUCCCGUGGCACUACUUGGCCCUGGUGUGUGCGGUGCCACCCGCCUUGCUCCUGGUGGUCACGUUCGUCCUUCCAGACUCCCCGUCCUUCCUGGUGGUGCGAGGCCGCCGCCAAACCGCCAUGGUCAUCUUGAAGAGGCUGAGGGGUGAAUAUGCCGACGUAGAGGCCGAAGUCCUUGAGCUGGAGCGACGCAACGCCUCCUCGUUCCUCCACGAAGGGCUCUCCGCAGGCUGGAAGGGGGCCCUCCUCAAGACGGAACAUCUUGAAGA